AAUAAUCAAAAUAUUAAAAAAAAAAAAAAAAGGAAAUAUGUUAUUCCAUGGCAUAAUAAACCUCAACUAAUUCUUUUUCUAGUUGGAAACAAAUUUCCUUAUCUCAUCAAAUUUUAUUAUAUAUAGACUCUUAAAAUCCUAAACUCUGUCGCAGCAACUUCUGUUUAUUUGCUUUUCUCUUUUCCUUUGCUUUGGAGAGUUUCUUCUUUAGAUUUUGGUUUUCAGAAAUUACUAGUCAUGAUGUCUCAAACCAGUGAGAACAAUAAUCAUGAUACUGCAUCUAGGAAGAUUUUUGUGGGAAGUUUAGCAUGGCAAACAACAACAGAAGAUUUGAGAAGAUUCUUCGAACAAUUCGGAGAAGUGAUCGAUGCUAAUGUUGUUUGUGAAACUUAUCCAGGACGAUCCAAAGGCUAUGGUUUUGUUACUUUUAAAGACGCUGUUUCUGCAGCUAGAGCUCUUGAAAAUCCGAGACCGGUUAUUGAUGGAAGAACAACCAACUGCAAUUUGGCUAGUCUCCGUGUAAAGCAAAACAUGAACCAACCUCACAAAAACGAAUUAUUAAAUCAGGUGAGACCCCCACAUCAAUAUCAACCAGGUCUUCAACAUCUAAUUCCAUAUUGUACUCGAGUCAUUUGGGAUUCGGUUUCGGGACAAUAUCGUUACAUGUAUAACAAUCCAUGUUAUCCUUUCCCCACACAAAUGGUCCAUUACAAUUAUAAUUAUGCAUGCAUAACGCAACCGAAUUCGCAUCAGACAAACAGAAAACCUGUCGUUAUCUCUGCGCCUCAAAAAUCAUCGGCUCCACGUCACAUCAUUAAUGAAAUUGAUCAAAGAGCUGUGCCUCCAAAAUCAUCGGUUCGAACUGAACGCAUUAGCCAAAUUAAGCAAGAACUCAUUGUGGAUGAUGACAAUAAAGAGGUUGUUACAAAACCAGAUAGUGAUGCUGAUCAACAAAGGGCAACCGGUCAAGCAGGAGAUAACAUUGGAAAAGACGGUGACAUCAAGCAAGAUGCAAUGAAUCAAGAAGGAAAGAUCAAUGGACAAGAAUAUGGCAUGAAGCAAGCGGUAUAUGCAGCAAUCGACGACAUCCAUAAAUUUUUUAUGAAUGAGGUCACGUGUGAACAAAAACAUGACACCAAUCAAGAUGAAGAUGUAACAAAAGAGGUCCUUGAUAAUGGAAUAAAGGUUACACAUCAAGACGAAGAUGUCCAAGUAGCUGAAGACACACUAUAAAAAAAACGAUGCUGAUAAGACAAGAGAAACAAAACUUCAUUUGCAUACACUCAAACUUUUUUUUCUUC